AUGAAUUUCCAAGCUAAUCAUAACUUUUAAGAUGAAAAAGCCCAAUACUUUCUGCAAGCUGAUCAUCAGAAAAAAGAUCGUAAUCUAAAAAAAGAUUUGAUCGAGAAUGACAGAGGACAUUCAAUGUGCGGAAUUUAAAUUUUAACUAACAAGAACGCCAUUUCUAAUUUCAAGGAAACCUACUAUCUUAUUCCAUAACAUAAUCCAAUGAAGAUAAGCUUGAUGAAAUAAACAAUCAAAGAGGAAAAGGCGACUCCAAAAACUAAUCAAAAACUUGAUUAUAAUACAGAAGAAAAAAUUAGAAGAAUCAGACAAAAUUUGCUUGACUAAAUUCCAGAUUAUAGAAGAAAGGGAAGUCUCGUGUUAUCUGACAAUAGAGAUAAAGAAUUUCUUUAUAUAAACCCAUCAAGUGAAAAAAAUUUCUAAUCUUAUGAUGAAAAAGGGAAUCGAUAUCUGAGAAGUGAUAUUUUAUACAAGUCUAUAUCAAGAGAUAUGAGAAAAUUUUAUUCAAAGGACUUUAAUGCUGUCACUGGAUUUAUCUUAAUAAAAAAUCGUCGAGAAAAACAAUUUUUUAUUCGUCAAAUUGCAGUAUAUCUAAAAUACAGAUUUCCUGAGCUCUGUUCCAAAUUCUAAGAUCAAAAUUGGAUAAUGAAUGAUGAGACUCAAUAGAUUCCAAAUGAUCUAAUAUUUUUCUUUGGAUGCUUGAUAUAUCCAAAGGAAAUGUAUAAAUCCCUAGUCACUGAUUCAGAUUAAUAUCAUGAUGUCAAUAAAAAAUAGCAAGCAAUAGAUUGUAAAGUAAAAAUCAGUAUGAUUUCUGACACUAAGAUGAAAAUGUUUCAUGAAUCACUUUAUUUAUUUUCCUUAGAGAAGCUAUAUAACUUGAUAACAACGGAGUUAUAUGCCUAUUUUUUCUGUCAUUAUUUUUCUAAGCAAGUCCUAACAACUGACUACAUUGAAAAUAAAAAACAUAAUUUAGAUGAUUCUGUUGGUAGCCAUUACCCUGCAUUUGUACUAGCGUAUAAUCUACUACUUCAAAUAAGCUAGCUUACUUUAAUAAGCGCUAUAAAGAAAAUUAAGGAGGAUCAUAAGUAGAAUUAUUAUAAGAAUCAAGUGAUUAAUUUUAUCUAAUUGCAAACAAAGCCUAUGAUACUAUUCAAGCAUAUCCCUAACUAAAAGAAAAAGAUUAAUUAAUCUAAAUCGAAGCAGUUUAAUUGCAAAGCAUCUCUUAAAAGAUUUUCUGGGACAAAACUUACUGAUCUUGAGAAAAUGUUUAGCAAAUAGAAGAAAUUUGAUAUGAUUUAAUGA